CAGUCGGGUGAAUAUGGUCAUGGUUUUAUGCAUUUAAAAAAGCAUUAAACCAGAGAAUGUCUGUGGUGGUUUGGGACGUGUACGUUGAGCUUGCGAUCCCGCUCUCAGCACGUCAUCAACGUGAUGACGUUGGGAGGCGGCAACAUUUUACGUUCAUAUUUACCGGUACGUUAACUCUCAGAAGUUUCUGAGAGUGCAGCCAAGAAAAGCAUGGAGAAGUCUGUCCUAAAUCGACGAGGGCGAAUGCGGACGCGGGCCAAUAAGAAUGGGGGUGUGGGGAUGGAUACACUGGAGUCGGCGGCUGUCAGCGGCACUAGUGGUGUGUCCAUGGCCCCUACUGCACAGCUGGUGGACAAAAGGAAAUCACACGAGUUGGAGAUGUGUAAGCAGAAGAUAGAGUUGCAAAAGGAGAAGAUUGAUGAACUUAUCAAAGAGAGAGACUACCUAAAAGAACAGUUGGCAUCAGCUCUUAAAAAAAGGGAACAGGAUACCCAGGCAAUCUGCUUGCCUUCAUCUUCCUCUUGUGAUAGCUCAGAGGAAGAUUCCUCUGAUAUUGUGUCUGCAUCCUCAUCAGAGGACAAGAAAAAGAAAAGGAGGAAGAAGAAGGGGAAAGAGAGAAAGUCCAGAAAGUCAAAGAAAAUGGAACCAAAGUCACGUAAAAGAGUCUCAAAACCGGAUCAGGCUGUAUCCCGGUACAAAAAAAUUCUCAGGCUGUUCAAUCGAGGAAGGACCAUGUCUGCUGCUUUCAAGCGUGUUGGGGUGGACCGGAACACGGUUGUUGUCACUGCUCCAAUUGCAGAGCUGUUCAUUGCUGCACCCAGCAAAUAUAAGGAACUCCUUAAAAGCCACAACAGUCAGGUGAAACUCAGCGAGUUUGCCACACAGUGUGCCACUUCAGUUCAGGAGGAUCCUGGAAUAGCGGACACAGUUGAAGCCUUUAAGGAUUCCGGAAAGCUGCUUCCCCUGAAAACAAAGUGAGCUAAAAUGCUAGCUCAACACUGACUGAAUGACAGUCAGCAAGAAUUUGUCUUUCUGUGAGACAAAUUCCAAGAAUUCAGUGCACUUUGUUUUUGUAGUGUCGUAAAAUUCAAAUGUGUUGAGUAUAUUUAUUUUGUCUGUCUCAAAUAAUUUUUUGACAUUUCUUUGGGAUAGGAUUUAGAAUUACGUUAAAUUGUGUGUGUAAAUUAUUUUUGAUACAGAAAGUUUGUAAUUUUUUCAAACAGAUUUUAUUUUUUGAUAGUUUUUAUUUUAAAACAAAGAUUUUAUUUUACAUAUUUGAAACGUCUGUGAUCCACUGUUGAUGUUGGCAAAUUUUUAUUCAGCCAUGUUAAUAAAUAUCAAUACAAUAUGUUCUA